AGAUGACCCAAGCAUUAGCAAGACACAUUGCAGCCGCCCCAAAAGCCAUCUUAGGUAACUUUAGACGUUACAGCCGUGACAAAGCUCUUGCAAUGAUCGAGGCAAAAAAUCGUCAGUUGAAUACUGAUAAUGGGAGCACCGGAAAACAGUCAUCGUCCGUGGACAAUCAGUGCAAGACGACCAAAUCUUCGUCAUCAUCAUCAAAAAAAUCCGCAAAAAAACGACCGCAAGAUAUUUGGGCAAUAUUUUCAUCGCAACAAUUGGAAAAACUGAAGACCUUGGAAAUUACAAACCUACAACAAGUGAAACAGAUGUCGUUGGCGCAAUUGACCGACAUUGGUUUAAGCUUAAAUCAAAUUGGGGAGAUUCAGAAGACAACAACAGAAAUAACGAAGAUAAUUGAAAAUGACCAAAAGGCACCAUUGAAGUCAAUAAUGACAUUUAGUAAUCGCGAUGGGAGUGAUGAUGUUGAUGAUGGCGAGAUGAAUGCACCCAAAAGCGAUAUGGAUAUGAGGCAACUGUUGCCAUUGUUGACCACAGCUAAUAGUACGGAAAAUAACAAAGACUCAAUCGAUGAUGUUAGCAUCACGGAUGAAUGUAAAACUGAUGACGUAAUUGGAGGAUUGCAAAAUGCCGACUAUAAAAUUAUUCAAGAAUCAUUUAGAGCAGAAACAAAACCGAAUUCCGACGCAAAUUUAUGUUUACUGGAUGACGAACCUGAACUGGUUAUUGAUGAGACUAUUGAUGAUGUUGAUGAGAAGACUGUUUGCGACAAUCCUUUCGGGAAGAUUGAAACUGACGUUAUUUCUGUAACAUCUAUGGACAUUUGCUCGGAUUUGAAUAAUUCUGAUCUAAACGCUGAGGAUAAUAAUGACGAUAAAAUCUCAACGACAAGUUCCGAAGCAGCUUUAUUCGACUCAAUUAGUUUUGAUGAGCCCUUUGAGCCAACCAACUUUUACUCUGAAAGAGCCGAAACUGAUUUUAAGCCAGAGAAUGAAUCAAAGGAACCAGUUCUCAGCGACUAUGACAUGCGUUUGCCUUUUGCUGAUGUGAUUGCUAACUAUGUGCCGGCUUUAGAGAUAGAUGCUUCUCUAAAAUCCCAUCUGGGGGUGCCUUACAAGCUAUAUGAAAUAAUAAUCCCAGACAAAAAAGAUCCUGCAAUACGCCCUGAAAACAUUCCUGAAAAUACACUAGAUCCAAGGCUUAAGAAACUAGUAAACAUUAUAAACAAGAAAACAGAUGAACCGUGUUUGACUUUCCAUUUGGACGCAAAUAAGAUGCUUUCAUUGGUAAAUCCAUAUAAGUCUGAAAAUCAAGCUUCUGAGCCCAGUGCCGAUCCUCGAAAACGAAAAGAACAAACAUUAGAAAAUAACCCGAAGCCAAUUCAACAGAAUUUCAAUUAUGUCCUUAACAGUUUUCUUCAAAAAUCCAAAUGGUAUCAGAAUUUGAAUUCGAAAGCUAAAAUUGAUAUAAAUCAACAUUUAGCGGAUCUCUCAACCGAACUAAAUAGAUUUUCUCAAAUCAUAUCCAGAGAUAAAAAAUUUCAAAUAUCAACAAUAGCAAAUGGCUACAAGAUCCAGGAGAUACUCUACGAAAUUGGUUUAGAAGUGAAUUAUGAUGGGAUCAUUCAAGAGGUGAGGACUCCCAAACCAACCACUGAAAUUCCUGAAGCCAAAAUUCCACAAAAGCCUGAGGGAGUAUCUAUUGAGAUACCAUCCCUGUUAAAUAUGAACUUAAAUCAAGCCUCAACUUCAAUCUCAACAUCACACUUUCCACAAAACACCAACCUUUUGCUUCCUAACAUCGGUAUAACACUGCCAAGUAUACAACAUCAACGUUAUGAAUUCCCAAAGCCCGGCCUGUUGGGUAUAGCUCCUGGAAUUGAAUUACCGUCACAAUUCUUGCAUAAUCAGAAUAGCUUGCCUAGUUAUAGUAAUGUGCUGAAUGGACCAAUAUGGAAUGAGUAUCCAGCCAACUAUUCAAUAUCGCGAAAUCUCUCCAAUCUUUGUUCAACCAUUGAUGAACUCAAUCGAAGUCAAUUUGGUUUGCAAAUGGGAAAACGAUGGAAUCGAAAAAUGAAUUUGAAAAAACCACGAAGAAUUUAGAAUAUAACGUAUUGUAUGAUAGACAGAAAGUUAACUGGAAUGAUUUAAGAAAGUUAUAUUUGUU